AUGCCUUCCCCAUCUUCACAUUCUCUGCCAUUCUUUGCCUUCCUUUCUGUUGCGUCCUUGUGCAUCUUGGAUGCUGCUUCCCAUGGCUCUUCCUCAACAACAGUGAUAGACGCCCCCUUGCUGACACAGAAAAUCGGCACCAACCGAUCGAUAAUCGUCGAUAUUAAUGGCAAUGGACACUUCAAAUCUGUUCAAGCUGCCAUUGAUUCUGUUCCUGAGGGGAAUUCUGACUGGAUUAUCAUCCAUAUUAGGAAAGGAGUCUACAGAGAAAAGGUGCAUGUACCGAAGAGCAAGCCCUUCAUCUUCAUGAGAGGGAAUGGAAAGGGCAAGACCGCCAUUGUCUUCUCCGAAAGCUCUGCGGACAACUAUGAGUCUGCAACAUUCAAAGUUGAAGCUGAAAACUUUGUGGCUUUCGGGAUCAGAUUCAAAAAUGACGCUCCAACUGGGAUUGCUUUCACCCCACAGAACCAAUCAGUGGCAGCACUUGUUGGUGCAGACAAGGCUGCAUUUUACCACUGUGCAUUCUUGGGCACUCAUAACACUCUGUUUGAUUACAAGGGCAGGCAUUACUAUGAUCACUGCUACAUCCAGGGAUCCGUCGACUUCAUCUUUGGUCGCGGCCAGUCCAUCUUCGAGAGCUGUGAGGUGUUCGUGAUAACAGACACAAGGUUGAAGCUUCAAGGGUCGAUAACCGCCCAUAACCGGGCAGAUUCGGUUGAGAACGGUGGAUUUGUGUUCAACAAAGGGAAGGUUUAUGGGAUUGGAGAAGUAUUCUUGGGCAGAGCCAAAGGUGCCUAUUCCAGGGUGAUCUUUGCAAACACAUACAUCUCCAAGACUAUAAUCCCCCAAGGCUGGACUAAUUGGAGCUACCCUGGCAGCACCCAGAAUCUGUACCAGGCAGAGUACAAGUGCCAUGGACCAGGAGCCGAGACGCACGGCCGGGCUCCAUGGACCAGGCUGCUGAGCGACGAGGAAGCGGCGCCAUUCCUGACUGUGGAUUUCAUCAAUGGCAAGGAGUGGCUGCCUGCCUGGCUUUGA